AUGCCAGCGUCUGCCGUCAUUCUAUCGUCCCGAAGGGCAAUUUUGCUGGUCUCAUUAGAUCGCCACGAGAAGUUCCUCCUUGAUUUUCUCCCGGAACGAGACGCUAUCGAGAUCGAAACGCGCAUAAAAAAGUUCGACCAGCUGUCCAUUGACUUGGAGAAAAUCCAAGGUCAGCUAGAGGAUUUGGCAAUCACCGAAGAAGAAAUUGCGCACAAUGCCGCUUUACGCGAUGAUUUUGAGCCGCGCUUGAUACGCGCACAUUCCCAGCUAAAGGCUAAAAGGGUGCAUGUUCCUCGAAGCAUUAGUUCCACACCAAACGCAGGCCCGAGCCCCCUAGUAGGCAUUAAACUUCCCACCAUCGCGCUUCCCGAAUACGAUGGUGAUUACAUGCAGUGGCUAACGUAUAGGGACACUUUUGAGGGCUUAAUACAUGAUAACCCCGACCUACCGCCGAUCCAAAAGUUCCACUAUUUGCGCGCAUCCUUAAAGGGAGAAGCCGCUAAGGUUAUUGAAUCCAUCACCAUCAGUGCCGCAAACUAUGAAAUAGCAUGGAAAAUACUGACGGAGCGUUACUCUAACGAGUACCUGUUAAAAAAGCGUCAUUUGCAAGCCUUAUUCGGAAUGGCCACCAUGAAACGGGAAAGUGCCUCAACCCUUCACCAUCUUGUCGAUGAGUUCGAGCGGCACAAGAAAACGCUAAACCACUUGGUGCGAGCACUAUUGGAUAGUGCCUCGCAGCCUGAUUUGAUGAGCACCAGGCUUGCUCAGAGGUUAGCGUUGAAACUUGAUACGGUCAACGUAACGCUCAUCGGUGCGGGUCACUCUUCCACCCCGGUGCGGAAAUCGGUGCGUGCGAAGAUUUCCUCCCGAACGGGCCAAUAUCAGCUGAAUGCUGAUUUCUUGAUUGUGGACAAUUUGAUUGGGGAUUUGCCAGCACAUGAUGUGCGCACCGCCGAGUGGCAAAUUCCGCCGAAUUUUAUGCUUGCCGACCCCCAGUUUAAUAAGUCGGCACCGCUCGAUCUUAUCCUCGGUGCCCGGCAUUAUCAUGCAUUUUUCCAGAGCGGGGCGCAAUAUAAAAUUUCGCAUAACCUUCCUGUCCUCAUUGAAAGUGUGUUCGGCUGGAUCGUGACCGGCUCAGCAUCAGCAUGUGAUAACAACAACGAAACUUCCAACGCAUCUUCCGUCGUCUGCAUGAGCACGCUUGAGGAAUCACUCGAGCGAUUCUGGAAAGUGGAAGAAUUACAAAUAAGAGAUGGUUACUCCCCCGAAGAAAGGUAUUGCGAAAAAUUAUACCAAGAUACAACACAACGAGACGAUACUGGUCGUUAUAUUGUUCGUUUACCAAAGCAGCCUGACUUUGAAGAAAAGCUGGGUCUUUCGAAAUUAUCAGCUCUACGACGUUUUACAAUGCUCGAAAGGCGCCUAGAACGCGAUCCUCAUAUUAAAGCGGCAUACCAUGAAUUCAUGCAUGAAUAUUUGGAGCUAGGGCACAUGUCGCUGAUACAAGCUCCAGCUGACGACGAAUCAGCAUAUUAUCUGCCGCACCAUCCCGUAUUCAAGGCUUCGAGCACAACAACAAAAACCAGGGUGGUGUUUGAUGGAUCAGCGAAAACAUCAUCUGGAUACUCGCUCAACGAAGCGCUAUGUGUCGGCCCUGCAGUGCAGGAUGAUUUGCUGGACAUCAUUCUACGAUUCCGCACGUAUAAGGUGGCGGUUGUUGGAGACAUUGCUAAAAUGUACCGCCAAAUACUACUGCAUCCAGACGAUAGGAAGUAUGCCCGCAUUUGUUUCCGGUUUGAUGCGCAUUCACCGAUCCAGUAUUACGAGCUAAACACCGUAACCUAUGGGUUGUCCCCAUCAUCCUUCCUUGCAACUCGAACCUUGCAGCAGCUUGCAAACGAUGAGGGAACCACAUAUCCUGUUGCCGCAUCCGCUCUGAAGAGCAAUUUCUACGUGGACGACUUCAUAGGCGGUGCGGAUUCGAUCGAAAGCGCUCGGCGUCUACGAGUAGAGUUAGAUGAAUUACUUUCAAGGGGUGGUUUUGAAUUACGGAAGUGGACUUCAAACCGAUUAGAGGUGCUUACCGGUCUAACUGCGGAUCAGAUCGGCACACAGUCAGCGCUACAGUUUAUACCCGACGAAACGGUAAAGACUCUUGGAGUUUCGUGGGAGCCAGAACAUGAUGUUCUAUCAUUCGAGUCCGCAAUCGACACCGACACAGCACGUCCUACUAAAAGAAGCAUCCUCUCUAACAUAGCCCGCAUGUUCGAUCCGCUUGGCCUGAUUUCUCCCAUUGUCGUACGAGCCAAAAUCUUGAUGCAGGAGUUGUGGUUGCAGAAAGCUGGGUGGGACGAUCUUGUUCCUGAUUCUAUCUGCAAGAAAUGGAAAAAUAUUCAGCAAGAUUGGCCACUCAUAUCCGGUUUUAAGAUCGAUCGCUAUGCGCUGUUACCUGGUAGUAAAUUGCAGUUACACACCUUCUGUGACGCAUCUGAAGCAGCUUACGGGGCCUGCAUUUAUGUUCGUUGCGAAAGUGAGCAAGGGGAAGUUCGCACCACUUUACUUUCAUCCAAGUCGCGAGUGGCACCACUUAAGCGUGUCACACUACCUCGACUGGAACUGUGUGCUGCAGUAUUAGGCGCUCAUCUUUACGAUCGAGUCAAGAAGGCGAUGGGACUACACGCAGCAGAAGUAUUCUUUUGGUCCGAUUCUACCGUCACGUUAAAGUGGAUCUGCGCCUCACCUAACACGUGGGCAACGUUCGUAGGCAACCGAGUAUCGGAGGUGCAGCAUUAUACUCAUCCUCGUCAGUGGAGGCAUGUUCCCGGCUCAACUAACCCUGCCGAUAUGGUCUCACGCGGCAUGUCAGCAGCAGAUUUCCUGCAGAGCAAGCUGUGGAGUUGCGGUCCGGAAUGGCUAGCACUACCCGCAUCCAACUGGCCCAACUGUAAUCCUGAACCAGCUGAAGAUACGAAUCUCGAAAUUCGUCAGCUACACGCGAUUGUUGCGCAUCGUUGCAUACUGCAUUCGCUUCACACGUAA